GGAGUGCAGGGGGGGUGGGGGGGAGGCAGUGCCGCGAGUAUCGUGUAGCAGGCUAGAUUGAUUACUUAGGAGUGUUAAAGGGAAAGCAAGCAGGGGAGCAGGCAGAUUUUUUUGUCCGGGACUCGAGAGUGAUUGUUGCCGGAGCUGCCAUUCCACUUGCUCUUUAUCCCCUCUUUCUCCCUCUCUCUCUCUCUCUCUCUCCCCCUCCUUCUCUCUCACUCUCUGUUUCUCUCUACUCGGCGCCUUCCCGCUGUUGUCCAAGGCAGAGCAGCACAGCACAGCACAGCACAGGGUCAGAUGAAAGGCAAACGCUGGACUCGCCGGGGCAGACGGCUGUCUCAUCUAUCAGUGCAGCCAGAGGGGAGACGCGCAGGCACACACACGCUCACACACACACACACACUCAGAGAAACAGGAGAGGGCUCUGUGUGUAUGUGUGUGUGUGUUUAAACCAGGAAGGGGGGGCAGAGCAGGAGGAGAUGUGAUAGUACAAGGGUGAGGGGAGGACAUAGGAGGAGGUGGAGAUAGGUGGUCGUCCUCUUGUUGUCUCUGGACUCCUUUUUUAAAAAACUGGAAAGUCCGAUUGAGUUCCGUGCGCUGUGUUGACUGCUGGUGGGAUGGGGGGCAGGAGGAAGCACAAGCUGAAGGCGCUCUUUUUCUUUCUCUUUUCUUCUCUUGCUCUGUCUCUCUCUAUCGGUCUGUCCCUCCCUUUCCUUGCUCUUGCGCCACUCAAAGGGACUUCUUCAGCUAGAGACUCCUUUUCCUCCUCCUCUUACAUGAAGGGCACGGGAAGCGGUCAUGUCUGCGGACUCGUUCGGAGCAGGUGGCAGCGAUGCCCAGCAGAGCCUGCAGUCCUUCUGGCCUCGAGUCAUGGAGGAGAUCAGGAACCUCACUGUGAAGGAUUUUCGCGUGCAAGAGCUUCCCCUGGCUCGCAUCAAGAAAAUCAUGAAGCUGGAUGAGGAUGUGAAGAUGAUCAGUGCAGAGGCGCCGGUGCUGUUCGCCAAGGCUGCUCAGAUCUUCAUCACCGAGCUCACUCUGAGGGCCUGGAUCCACACCGAGGACAACAAGAGGCGCACCCUACAAAGGAAUGAUAUUGCCAUGGCGAUCACCAAGUUCGACCAGUUUGACUUUCUCAUCGACAUUGUGCCCAGAGAUGACCUGAAGCCGCCCAAACGACAGGAGGAGGUGCGUCAGACUGUGGCGUCGGCUGAGCCGGUGCAGUACUACUUCACUCUGGCCCAGCAGCCGGGCACCGUGCAGGUCCAGGGCCAGCAGCAAGGCCAGCAGGCCGGUGGCCAAACCGCCACCACACUACAGCCAGGACAGAUCAUCAUCGCCCAGCCACAGCAAGGACAGGUGUUGCAGGGAGCCACUAUGCAGCAGCUGCAGCAGGUGCAAGUGCAACAACAGGGCACACCCAUCACGAGUGCUCCGGUGACCAUGCAGGUGGGUGAGGGCCAGCAGCUGCAGAUAGUGCAGGCGCAGGGGCAGCAGCAGACACAGCAGGUGCAGGCGGGAGGACAGACCAUGCAGGUCAUGCAGCAGAUCAUCACCAACACAGGAGAGAUCCAGCAGAUACCGGUACAGCUGAGUGGAGGCCAGCUCCAGUACAUCCGCUUGGCUCAGCCAGUGUCGGGCACGCAGGUCGUUCAAGGGCAAUUACAGACGCUUGCUACAAACGCUCAGCAGUCUCUUCUUCAGAUCACACAGGCGGAUGUGCAGCAAGGCCAGCAGCAGUUCAACCAGUUUACAGACGGACAGCAGUUGUAUCAGAUCCAGCAGGUCACGAUGCCAGCAGGACAGGAGCUGAGCCAGCCCAUGUUCAUCCAGUCCACCAAUCAGACGGCAGACGGCCAGGUGACCACGCAGGUCAGCGCGGACUGAGCCCCGCCCCCCCUUCCCUCCAGCACCGCCUCCACGGCCCCGGGUGAUGAGACGAGGGGGGUAUCCUCCUCGUCCCGCUACAACGCAAUACCCACGAUGCCCCGAUAUCCGGGGGGGCAACUACGUCAACCCACCCCAUAUCACCCCUCUCUUACCAUCCACCCAGCCCCCAAACACAUCCAGAAGCCCAUCAUCAUCAUCAUCAUCAUCAUCAUCCUCAUCCUUCCCCCUCUUUUCCUGUUCCUGUGCUUCUCUGUAAAGAGCCACUUCCUCUCCUGACAACCAGUGCUCAGUGAGAACCAACCCCAGGGCCUGAGCCUGCAGUCAGCCUCCUGGCUCCCCUGUUCUCCCUUCUCCUCUGGUAGAACCCUGUUCUUCCUUCUCCUCUGGUAGAACCCUGCUCUCCCUUCUCCUCUGGUAGAACCCUGCUCUCCCUUCUCCUCUGGUAGAACCCUGUUCACCCUUCUCCUCUGGUAGAACCCUGUUCUUCCUUCUCCUCUGGUAGAACCCUGUUCACCCUUCUCCCCUGGUAGAACCCUGUUCUUCCUUCUCCUCUGGUAGAAGUCCAAGGAGGUGCCGAUGGCUGAGGCGCAGUCUGACCUUUUUAACUCUCAGUUCACCAGUUGGUCUGACCCGCUACAGGGUGCCCUGGCUUUAUGACUCGUCACAGCCGGCCCAACCCCUCAGAUAUGGGUUCUCUGUCUUGCACUUUCUUUCCCUCUUUCCGCUCUGGUUCUCUCAUUCGCUUUCAUUUGGUUUCUCCUCUAUAACCGGCUGGCAUUUGGGUCCUAAUUUCUUUAAUAUCCAUCUCACUUGCCUUUUCUCUUGCUUUUUCCCCCUCUUCCUUCAUGACGUCAUCCUCAGCUAGUUGCAUUCUCUCCUCGCUGCUUGACCUCUGCCCUUCUGUGAUGCGUUUGGUGUUCUAGUGAAAGGGCUUCCAGUCGUUCUCCUUCAGCCCUGAGCGAAGGAGACCCUGCUGUCCAUACGGCCACGAGUUUAAACAGAGAGGAGAAUCAUGACAUCUUAUGUGUAGCCUAACAAGUUUAGAAAACGAAGUAAUAAAACGACAAACAAAGCCAUAGACUACACGCACACACACACACACGCGCGCACACACACACACACACACACAC